UUGUUUUAUGUCAAACUGAAUUAACUCAAUACUUACUAUUUGUAUUUUAUCUCAUAAGAUUAGAUAACUGUGCUAUGGCCAUUCCUAUUAUCGAAACAUCAACAUUCAGUCCAUUCAUGUAAGUCUAAAGCCUAUAGCAACGUUGCUAUUACAAACGAUAUAAUUAAAUGUCACCCAAACAUGUUUUCUAAACUCUAUUUGAACAAUUUGAUUAAACCCCUUUGUUUAUCAUAAAUCAUGCUUUUUAAUCAGUUUAUAAGCUAUGUAUCUCACACCGAGGAAAAUAUAUAUUAAUCGAUUAGGGCAAUAUUGUCAAGACUUUUUCUAACUGAAUAAUUCGAUCACUGUAUUGCAGUUGCGGACCCUAAUCUUAUUUUCUCGACCCGAGAGACUUGAAAACAUAACUCUCCGUCGUCUCUAAGUCCGUCUUUAAAAAAAUAACAAGAGAAUGAACUCAAGUCAAAUAAUUGAAACAGAGCAUGCUUGUCUAGCGUUAGCAUCUAUUUCUCUCAAUAAUUCAAUUCUACAUUUAGGCUAAUUGAUUAAUGUGAUUGUUUAUGGCCAAUCUGAUUCAAUUCAUUCACUGCAUGUUCUUUAUACAUUUAUGAGCAUUAGUGUUAUUAUUUUUGCUUCAGUAUAGUACAGGCUACUGUGCAACAAAGAACAUGUGUUGCGGAGGCAGAUUGGCAAGUAUGUGACUUUGUGCGUGCGCAUGCGCGCUCGCGCGCGUGUGUGUGUAUAAACGCUCCCUAUUUAUGUAGUCCGUCUUUCUGUAUGUGCGCACGCAUAUGACAAUGUAUUAGCUUGCGAUUGCGUUUGUGUGUGUACAUGCGCGUAUGUGAGAGUAGUUUCAAGCGAGGAUUUUUUUAAAUGAAGUAACGUUUUUUUUCUCCCUUAGUCUUCUACUCCUUGCUUUUUAUUGGAGGAAAUUUGGUCAGCUGACAUUGUCAUCUUGUCCAUCCUAGAGUGAGGCUUUAGCAACAACAUUCGGCUUUGUACCUUGUGUCUUUAUUGGUGUCUAGAAAUACAUUAUAAAGAAAUCAUUCAGCGUGCCGGUAUUAAAAGAUAGACUGACAGAGAAAAAAAGAGAGUGACUUAGUGUGAGAGAGGGAGAAUAGAGAGAGAGGUGAGAUUGUAAGGGAGGGAGGGAAAGAGAAAGAGGGAGCAAGGGAGAGAGGCAAGGUAUGAAUUCGUAUUUCGCAAACCCGUCGCUCUCAUGCCAUUUAGCUGGUGGUCAAGAGGUUUUACCUAACGUGGCCCUAAACUCAACUACCUAUGACGCUGUUCGACACUACUCAUCCUACGGAGCCGCUGUGGCCCAAAAUCGGAUAUAUUCCUCGCCUUUCUAUUCGCCCCAAGACAACGUAGUGUUCGGCUCGAGCAGGGGACCGUACGAGUAUGGAUCCAACGUGUUUUACCAAGAUAAGGACGUGCUGCCCAGCUGUAGGCAGAGCAGUUUGGGACAAGGUGCACAAACCUCACUCCCCCAGGAUUACCCGUCUGAUCCGGGCAGGAACGGCUCGCAGGAACAGAAGGGGAACAUUCAGAUCUUCCCGUGGAUGCAGCGGAUGAACUCUCAUAGCGGAGUUGGAUACGGUUCUGACAGACGAAGAGGCCGACAAAUUUACUCCCGGUACCAAACUCUAGAACUCGAAAAGGAAUUCCAUUUCAACCGCUACUUGACGAGACGCAGACGUAUCGAAAUCGCCAAUGCACUCUGUCUCACCGAACGUCAGAUAAAAAUCUGGUUCCAGAAUCGCCGGAUGAAAUGGAAAAAGGAAAGCAAUCUAACUACGACUCUCACCGAAAGUGGUUCGGCAGGGGUGAGUCAAGACACGGGUAAAGAGGACACAGAAGAGGCGACAGAAGAGAAGAAAGAAUGAACGAGUUCCUAACUUACUAUAUGCAUCAAUCCGCCGUUCUGUGAGGAUAACUUAACUACCUAUCAAGUAGCCUACCUAUCAACUAUUGUUUGGCACAAUAAAGAAACUAGUGUAUUAAAAUAUGUGGCUGCGUUAAAUGCAAUGUGGACGCUACAUAUCUUCAGACAUCAAUGUUUGCCUUUUUAAUUUCUUUCUGUAUUGGAUAUGAACAUUUCACCGUGACCAAAUCAUUUAAUUCCUUACUUGACAUUCCCUUAUAUACCCAAACUGUGUGUAACGCGAAGACAUUCAUCAUUAUAUGUUCUUAAAUGCUGUUUGACAGCAAAGAAAAAACAGUGGUUCUCAGAUGUCUAUACACAUAUGAUGUUGGCAAUAUGUUUUACAAAAGUAAUUGUCAUAAGAUGUGAAGGAAGGUAUAAGCUUUACAUCCGCUUGAGUAACCCAUUUACGUUUGUUUCGUUUUGUUGUACGAAAAAACUAUGCUGAAUAAUAACGACUCACACUACCUAAAUUGUUGAUAUGUUUGUAAAUAUAUGUAUAUCUAUAUUACACGCCUUAGUCCUGUGAGAGCAUUCGUCCGCAUCCCGCACCUUCUUUGUAUUAGCUAGCCUACAUUAUUUAUGUUUAGAUAUGUACCAGUAGGCUAGCCUACAUUGAGUAUGUGGUCAAAUCAUAACUGACCGAUGUGGCUUGAAUUGUAGCGUUAGUUGAAAAUCCGAAAUAAAACAAUAACAGUGAUGAAGGCUAUGAAAUUCACUUCAAGUCAUAUUUAAUAAAACUGUUAAUAA